AUGACUUCUUUUCAAAUUCUCUGCCAGCCCCGAGCUGUUAUACAUCUCCUGAUUGUGUGCUUACUUCUGGAGAUGGCCUACGGUGAGGACAAUUGGAACAAUCUGCUUUCGCUAAGUUUAAAAGUUUCUUCGAUGAGCAAGUCAAAUGAAUUUACAGUAACACUCACCAUUACAAAUAAUGUGGAUAAAUGCAUGGUGGUGAAAAUCAGUACUGAGGACAAUCCAAACAUCAAGUACCUUUCAGCUCAUGCAUCUUACACUGCUUGCAUUUGUACUGUAAACAACUACUUCUGGGACAUUCAAGUCUCUGCAAAUACUGUUUUACAAGGGAAGGCAGAAGUUGUUCCAGCUAAGGACAUAUGCCCUGAUGGUGAAAACAUAUUCCCAGCAACUUCCUACACAGAGACUAUUACACAUGAAAUCCUUGUAACAUCAUGA